AUGGACGCGUCGCCGAGUCAGGGCUUUAAUAGUGAGAAUAGCACCCAAACUCGCGAGGGUAUCGAUAACAUUGAACUCAACACCCACGAGCUAUGGAACGAGCUCAAUCCCAGUGACUGGCAGCUAGCAGAGUACGAGCGCGACCAACUUCGCGGAAACGAUGUGGUAGUCCAACACUGGCUCCAGAACCAGGGAAACUCUCAGCCAGCCCAGGGCAUAUUCAUCAACUCCCAAUCAUUACAUCAACGCAAGCGUGAAACUAGUAAUCUCCUCGUCCAUUUCGAGAAUGUAUUUGGAAACACUAGCAAGCCGUCGUCUGCUCAGGCAGCAAGGACUUGCGACCCUGCAGCUCUACGCCCUCGAAACCCUACCGCGUCCAACAUCAUCCCUUCGAUUGAUGAACGUUGGUCACAAAAGCCAAGGCCAACAGUUCAGUCUACAAAGCCAUCAUCGACUACGGCCGAUCGAAAGGCGGGAUACCCCGACAAUGACAAUCAUGAUGGAGGAAGGCCUCCUAGUAAUUGGAUCACUCAAGAACGGUCUAUAAUAUCGGCGACACCAUUCAGACCAGAAUCGCGCGGCGCUCUUAAGCAAUCAGUUGAUCCAUCAUCUCAGCAGACGGCUUGGUCUGUGGCAGGAACAAACACAUCCUCCAGCUCCAAGAAACCGCCCAAACGCCAGAACAGCCGGUCAAUAGACGACGAUACAUCUAGGAAACAUGCAUUCUCAAAGCGAAACAGAUCUGCAAUUAACGACCAUUCCUGGCGUCGUACGUCGCCAACAUCUUCAAGUUCAGUCCAUACAGGCUUGGCCGUUCCACAAAAGCCGGUAGUUGCAGUUACGCCAGCAUUCCAACUAGGGAUCCCAGAUAAUGCGGUAUUAUCGGCAUAUAAUGGCCCCAGCUCAUCAGGCGCACGGCGGGACAGGUCAUUGCAUAAUCAAACAAGUAAGUUGGUUUCAUACGAAGAUUUCGAGGAUCGUUGCGAGACCUGCACCUUCUGGCUAUAUGAUCCAGUCCAGUUCACGUCCACUGAGAGGCAAGCCUGCCAAGGCCGUAAGGAAGAGGUAUCCCAUAUUGUCACACACGUCUCCGAUCAUCAUGGCCUUAUACGAGGAAGAGAUCCAAGUAACCCUUCUCGUAAAUAUUUAGCAAGCUGCCAUACUCACAAUCCAUCCAUCAAAGCGAAAGGGAAUUGUGUAAAGUGCAGCUCGUUACACAAUUGGGAAGACAAAGACUUUGCAGACUCGGAACAUCAUGGUGUUGCUCUUUGCUUGCGUUGCUGGUGCAAGUUCGACAAGAAAGGGAUGCAAACGCACAUGACUGAGCCACUGUGUACCUACAACUCGGAGCAAUUGAAGCAGAAGAAAGUAUGUGUAUUAUACACCACGUUUUGUUCCGAGACCAAGGCGCCUGGCGAACCUCCUGAGUACCCGGCCCCGCGGAAAUCGAUCUCUCGACCGGCUUCAAGCAGGUCUCAUGGCUCUAAUUCGAGACAGCAAGCCAACAACCAACAAGCUCGGCGACCUAAACAAGGAUCAUGUCCGCGAAGUAUCCGUUCAACUUCUUCGCAUGUCUCUCGUGGACAAGAAAAGAAACAAGUUCCGCAAGCACCCUCGAUACCUUCAUCAACUCAAGAUCAGCCAGUCAUGGGGAGACACGCACCCACCUCUCAUCAUCUUGAUAGGCCACACAACCAACAGGCAGUUGCUAGGAACCAGCCCAUAUUGCAACACUCAGAUGCUCACCAACCGCAUCGCAAUCCAAUUGCAGUGUUGAACAUAUAUCCGGACACUUCGCCAGAGAAUAUUGUCAACAUGGUGAAAACAGCGCAGAGGAACGAAAACCAGGAGGCUCCUCUUCCACCUCGUUUCCAGUCUAAUCGACCAACCCAUUUUGGAAGCAUGAUCAAUCAAGGCAACUCACCGGUUAACGGCUUCCAGCAGCAAGGAUAUUUGCUAUCGCAAAGUAUGUCGUCUCCGCCUGGUCAGUAUCACAAUUGGGAGCAACCGCCUCCACACGUUCCACAAAUAUCAAUACUGCCUUACUCUCAAAACUUUGAUCAAACUCGCCAACAAAGACAGAGCUAUGGGAAUGCACCUUUCGCUCAAGCUCUACAGCAUAGGCUAGCACCACCUGGGUUCUUUCAACAGCCACCCAAUCAGUUCUUUAUGCACGAGUCCCCUGCAAACAAUACUCAACAACAGUCACUCACCCAACUCGCAUCAGUGAACACAACCCCGGUCCCAUUCGAUCCAAAUAGGCGAAUGCUUGAGGCCUAUAUCAGUAAUUUAAAUAUGCUCCAUCCUCGAUACCAGCCUGAGCCUCAGCGUCAAACAAUCUCUAUGAGCGACCUGGAUGCGACCGUCUCCCAAUCUGGUGGAAUGUCACAAAUUCAAUCUAGUCCUUCGAGAGUUGCAUCUACGGCGGGGGAAUCCAUGCAUCUUUUGAAGUCGCCCGAUCUUGAAGAACCUCUGUGGUUGUCCCCAGAUUCGCCCGAUGACUCUGAAGAUAGGACAUGGCUGAACUUUAUUGGGACUCACCCUAUGCUUCAGAAACAAGAACCAGCGGGGGCUUCUCAGCCGCGCCCGCUUACGGAUCAACUCCAAGAUCUCAAAUCCGACGAUAUACCGGUCAUGCAGCAGGCUUCCCUCGAGAAGGAGUCGGGCUAUUAUACAAUGGGUGAUGAUAAUGCAGCCUUUGUCAACAGAAUGUUCACCGAUUCUUUUCUUUGA